AUCUGUCGCCUCAGGCCCCUCAGCCAAUCAGGACUCCAAGCUCAGGGCUUACCCAGCCAAUGGAAUCCCAAUGUAGGGGCCUGAGCCUCUGACGCGCCUGCGCGCCCCAGCGCCUCAUGGGAGUUGUAGUCCACCCGCGAGGCUGCACGCGUCCUCAGUCCCCGCACCGCCCACUCCGCCUUCCCGGGGCAGUUGACGAUUGUCCCGUGGCCUGCCGUCUCUUGAUGGAGGACAGAGGCUCGCCGGCCUUUGAAGAGGAGCAGUGGUGCCUGUGUGGGGACCUGUCCUCGCCAGCGCCCACCGAGGGCCCUGCUGUGCAGACCAGCAAGUCCUUGUCCUCGGCCCACAGACACCUGAACAGAAGGAAUGGCCUUUCGAAACUCUGCCAGAGCAGGAUGGCACUCUCCGAAGCCAGAUGGAGCUCUUACUGCCUGUCAUCAUUGGCUGCCCAAAAUAUUUGCACAAGCAAACUGCACUGCCCGGCCACGCCUGAGCAGGCAGACCCGGCCGGGUCCCUGGGCAGCACGUCCUGCUGCUCCCUGCUCCGUGGCCUGUCCUCAGGGUGUUCCCCGCCCCUGCUCCCGGCCCCCGCGGGCAACCCGAACAAGGCCAUCUUCACUGUGGAUGCCAAGACCUCGGAGAUCCUGGUUGCCAAUGACAACGCUUGCCAGCUCCUGGGGUACAGCAGCCACGACCUGAUUGGCCAGAAGCUCACGCAGUUCUUCCUGAAGCCGGACUCUGAUGUCGUGGAGGCCCUCAGCGAGGAGCACUUGGAGGCCGACGGCCACGCUGCUGUCGUGUUCGGCACGGUGGUGGACGUGGUGAGCCGCGGCGCGGAGAAGAUCCCAGUGUCCGUGUGGCUGAAGAGGGUGGAGCAAGAGCACCGCCUGUGCUGCGUGGUCGUGCUGGAGCCCGUGGAGAGGGUCUCGGCCUGGGUGGCUUUCCAGAGCGAUGGAGCCAUAACGUCAUGCGACAGUCUCUUUGCUCAUCUGCACGGCUACGAGUCUGGGGAGGACGUGGUCGGGCAGCGCAUCACAGACCUGAUCCCGUCUGUGCAGCUCCCUCCGCCUGGAGAGCAAGUCCCCGUGGUAGGAGCCCCGAGCGCCUGCACCAUCCGCCCCCAGGGCCUGCCCUGCACCUUCCCUCUGAGCAUAAAGCUGAAGUCCAGACCCAGCGGGGAGGAGGCAGAGGGCGGCCCCGGGGCCCCGCAGCAGGGUUACUGGGCGUCCGUCUGGGCGUUCUCCACCGUCAGCGGCCUUGUCACCCUCCUGCCGGACGGGACCAUCUACGGCAUCAACCACAGCUUCGCGCUGACGUUGUUCGGUUACGGGAAGUCUGAGCUCCUGGGCAAGAACAUCACCUUCCUGAUCCCUGGCUUCUACCACCACAUGGACCUCGCGUACGACUGUUCCUUACUGCCACCAGACCUGGCCCGCUGCCUGGACCUGGGCAGCCAGAGUGGGCCCGGGGAGCUCCCCAGGGACCCCCAGCAGGGCCAGGGUCCAGAGGCUAACGUGCUUGCUGGUGACCACACACUGCCACGAGCUGACACCCUAAAGCCACUGGGCAGCCAAGAAGCCGUCGCUGAGUCCCAGGCCCAAGCGGACCCUGGAGGUGGUCGCCCUUCUUCCCUCCCCUCUCGGCCCACUCCGGGGGUGGACAGCAUCCCAGAAGGAAGCCCGGCAGCCCAGGAACGGUCACUGCCUGAGGACCAGCGGGACCCUGUCCCAGAGAAAGCGGAACCUGCCCCAACAGAGAGUCUCCAACAGGACGUCCUGGGAGGAGGCAGGUCUGACAUGGUGGACACCAGGUCAUUUGUUUCAUGCGACAGUUCUGAAACUCAGACCCCAACUGAGGAUGGGUACGAGAGCGCGGAAGCGAGCGGCCUAUCCCAGGCAGCACAGCUGGAAUGCACGGACUUGAGCAGUGCCAGUAACCCAGACCUUCGGGAUGACUCUGCAGGGCAGCCGACAGGGGCGGGCCUGCUGGGGCUGCACCCUGGAUGUGAGGGCGAGCACAGUGUGCCCCAGGGGAGCCCGGCCUCAGCUCCCAGCCCCUCUGGGCUGCGAUUUUUGGCCUCCAGGCCCGCUUUGGAGGAGCCGUGGCUGGGAGCGCAGAAUGACCGGGAGGAGCUGCGGACCUGCUUAAUUAAGGAGCAGCUGUCCAGAUCGAGCUUUGGGGGGCCUCUGGGUGUCUCGUACAUCGAGCUGGUCCCAGCCGAGCACCCUUCGCUCUCCGCCCCUGUGUCGCUGUGUGACCUCGGUGGGCAAGACCUGCACGCCGGCCGCUCUGGCAGCUCCGCGGCCUGCUACGCCCUGGCCACGGACGUCCCUGGCGCCCUGGACACGGUGGGGGCCCGGGAGGCCAGUGGGAAUUCGUUCUCCUGGAACCUCAAGGAGCUCUUUUUCAGCGAGUGGGCGGACCGAACUUCUUCAAACUGUUCCUGUGCCUCGUCUGAGCAUGUGGGGACAGCCUCUCCUUCCCUGGCGGGCUCCGAUGUGGAUGUGAGUGCGGUACAUGGGCCGAGGUCAGAGGCAGUGGAUGACAGGGAGCUGUUAUUGCUGGCUGGCACCUACUGUGCUCUUGGCGAAGGCCAGUGCUUCCGUGAGUGCCCUCUGGACCGCGACCGGCCAGAACCGUCUGACACCCAUUUGGAGUCCUUGGAGUGUGACGGCGUGAAUGGCAGAGAGACCCCGGGCCGCAUCCUGGCCAUGCUGGGAGCCGGCCCCGCGGACACGUGCCCGUCGGAGGAGCCGAGGCUGAGCAUCCAGGUCACCUCCACGCCUGUGAGAGGGGACAGCUCGGCGAUGCCCAGGGCCGCCGGCCCGCAGUGCGAGAUCCAGGAGGGCACCUACGCCGGGAGCUGCUGCCACCGAGACGGCUCGCUGCUGAGUGUGCACUUCCAGGUGAAGCGGGUGGAGCUCCGGGGCCCCACGCCCCUCUUCUGCUGCUGGCUGGUGAAGGACCUCCUGCACAGCCACCUGGCCCCGGCCCCACGGACCCACCUGCUCCUGGCCAGCCUGCCCAGCUCCAGCCACUCCGUGUGUGAGCUCCCCGGGGCCAGCCGGGGCCAGACGCUCAGGAGCUGGCCGUGGUUUGCGGAAGCCCCUGGGGCGGUGGAGCUGGAAGGGCUGGCGGCCUGCGAGGGCGCCUACUCCCACAAGUACAGCACGCUGAGCCCCCUGGGCAGCGGGGCCUUCGGCUUCGUGUGGACUGCGGUGCACAAGGAGGAGAACAAGGAGGUGGUGGUGAAGUUCAUUAAGAAGGAGAAGGUUUUGGAGGAUUGCUGGGUCGAGGAUCCCAAACUCGGAAAAGUGACGUUAGAGAUUGCGAUUCUGUCCAGCGUGGAGCACGCCAACAUCAUCAAGGUCUUGGACGUGUUUGAGAACCAAGGGUUCUUCCAGCUGGUGAUGGAGAAGCACGGCUCUGGCCUGGACCUCUUCGCGUUCAUCGACCGCCACCCCAGCCUGGACGAGCCGCUGGCGAGCCACAUCUUCCGGCAGCUGGUGUCGGCGGUGGGGUACCUGCGCUCGAGGGGCAUCAUCCACCGGGACAUCAAGGACGAGAACAUCGUCAUCGCCGAGGACUUCACGAUCAAGCUCAUUGACUUCGGCUCCGCGGCCUACCUGGAGCAGGGCCGGCUGUUCUACACCUUCUGCGGGACCAUUGAGUACUGCGCGCCCGAGGUCCUCAUGGGGAGCCCCUACAAGGGGCCGGAGCUGGAAAUGUGGUCGCUGGGAGUCACGCUGUACACGCUGGUUUUCGAGGAGAACCCCUUCUGCGAGCUGGAGGAGACCAUGGAGGCGGCGAUAAGCCCUCCGUACCCGGUGUCGGAAGAUCUAAUGAACCUCAUGUCUGGGCUGCUGCAGCCUGUGCCUGAGCAGCGCACCACUUUGGAGAAGCUGGUGACAGACCCUUGGGUGACGCAGCCUGUGAACCUUGCUGACUACACCUGGGAGGAGGUGUGUCGAGUCAACAAGUCAGAAAGUGGAGUCCCAUCCUCUGUGGGUCAGGAGACGGAGAGCAGCACCCCGAGUGCAGCGGCCUUGGGCCCCGGGGGACCCCCGUGACAAUGGCUUCAGUCAGGAAAUCGUGUUCUCAGGAAUUAGGCUCGGUCCACCUUCUAAAAACGCAUAUGCGAGUGUGGCAAAUACUAGAACAAAAGCCAGGGGUGCUCAUGACUUUAAGCUUAUAAAAUAGACUUGGGGUUCAUUUUUUCCACGAUCUUGAAACAACAUGGUGUUAUUUCAACUGAGUGUUGAGUUUUGUGCUGUUAGAGGGCUUUAGAAUUAGUAAGGAUUCAUCUGCCAACUAAGCGGCCAGAGUGUUUCAUUAAUUUAUUUUCUUGGACAUUUUCCAAAUUAAAGCAGUUUUGUUAAGCAGUUA